AUUUUCGUGACGAUGCCCCCUGAUCCCCCAGGACGCGCAACUGGAGUUUCAGGGGACAGAAAAAUGUGAUUUUCCCCCCUUUUUUUGGCUCUGAUGUGCAAUGGAAGCCCUUUCACCAGGAGCGUUUCCUGGCUGACAUUUCUGCCUCCAGCCCCGCGCUCUCCUCUCUCGCUCUCUCUUUUUUUUUAUUGUUACAGUACAAAGAGUUAUGACGAAACGCCGUCCCAUCUCCAUAAUAAAUCAAGGAAACGGGCAAAAAUACGCUCUCAUUUAUCCACCAAAGCUACCUAACAUUUGCCCAGCAUCUUUCAAACAUCUGCUCCCUCGCUCCGCGCCCCCAAAUCAAAGAGAAAUGUGGCGCAAAAAAAAUAAAAAAAAAAAAAUUUAAAAAUUUCCAGAUUUCCAGGGAAUUUACCCCGGAAAAAAGAAAUUCUCAUGGCCCGUUUAAACUGAGGGGGAAAAGGUGGGAAAAUUCUGAGUUCAGCUCUUGGGAAGGGCGCAUUUUUAUUUUCUCUUGCGGGCGGCUCCUUGGCUUGGCUGGCCACGGGACGGGCAAGGUUUUGUGCUCCUCACCCAGGAAUUUUCUUGCGAAAUCUCCAACUUUCCCCUGCGUUUCGGGGGAAUGGAAUGAGAGGAGAGGCUCUUUUUUCUUUUUUUUUAUCAGCUGGGGGAUUUAGGGCUGGGAAGGCGGCGGGGUCGGGAAUGUGCGCGGGGGGGAAAAGGCGAGCGGCGAGCGGCUCGUGGCCACCAGAAAGCCCCGGGUGGGAGCGCGUCCCCCCCGCGCCACGAGCCGCUUUUAAUGUCAGCCACUUUUAAAAUCAAUUCAUGCAGAAGCUUCACAGCUGUAGGACAUUUACUAUUAUUGCCACGCUUUUCAUUGCCCGUAAUUAUUAUAAUUAUAUGUCACUUUCAAUAUGGCGCAUCAUUCCCAAUGAGUUGCAGGCGAGCAACGCGAAAUUCCUAAAGUGCCUCGGAAGGAGGAAAAAAAAAAAGUAAAAAAAAAAAAUUAAAAAAAAUGAGAGACAGAGAAAAGGAAAGAGAAAAGGAAAGAGAAAAGGAAAGAGACGGAGAAAAGGAAAGAGACGGAGAAAAGAGAAGAGGGAGAGGAAGAAAAGGAAAGCAAUGCCCGAAAAGCUCAGCUCGUGGCCAGCCUUCUCCCCGCUUUCCGAGCGCUUUUGCUCCCCGGUGUUCCUUGCGGGUCAACAAACGGGAAGGAAAACGCAGCUCAAGGCUCAAGGAGGACGUGGAACUGCUCGGGAGCAGGAACAUCCUAAAAAUCAGCCUUAUCGACCAUUCCCACCGGCCGGAUUUCGCCUCUUUUUCCUCUCUCCCAUCCGUUUUUCCCCAGUUUUUUUCCCCCCUCCAGAACUGGGACGCGAGCUCCUGGCCGAAGCAACCUCGACUUUUCCGCCGAGAAACCGCCCCAAAACCACGCUGAGCUCCUCGCCACCCCUCCCAACUGCGGACACCCAGCGAGGCCUCCCAAAACCUCAUCCCGAACUUCUGCGGCGCCUUCCCAGCGCCACAAACCCCGAGCCUCCUCCAGAGCCCCCCGAGCCCGGGGGGCGCCGCGCCCCCUCCUCCCUCCCCACCGCGGCUGGCCGCAUUUUAUUUUAUUUUUUUGUAUUUUUCUCAUUUUUAGCGAAGCGGGGCCGAGCUGGGGGUGGCGGGGGGGGGUCGAUUUUUGUUCUUUUUUUGGGGAGAGGAGGGGGCGGCCCGGGGUGCGGCGCGGCGGCGCGGCCGGCAGGUGGCGCGCUCAGCCCGGGCGGGGGGCGAUGGCGGCCGCGGAUUUGGGGGCGACUUCGGGCCUGGAGCGGCUCCGCGCUCGUCAUUAUUUGUAACCAUAGAGCAUGAAUUACCUCUUGAGGUCAUCAGUGAGAAUUUACGACUGGUCAACAAAAGCACGUGACGCCCAAACGCACCCCCCACCCUCCCCCCAUAUUUGGCCGCAUACAUAGCAAAAACGAAGUACAGUGCAUUGCUAUAAUUCAUUAAUACAUCAUAAAUCGUCAAGCACGGGGUUAUAACGACCACGAGCCACAAAUCAAGCCCUCCAAAAUAACCCAAAUGAGCUCUUACUUUGUAAACUCGUUCUCAGGGCGCUACCCAAAUGGCCCCGACUAUCAGUUACUAAAUUAUGGGACCGGCAGUUCCAUGAACGGUUCUUACAGAGAUUCAAGCACCAUGCAUUCCAGCUCUUAUGGCUACAACUACAAUGGGAUGGACCUUAGCAUCAACCGCUCAGCCUCCUCCAGUCACUUUGGGGCUGUGGGCGAGAGCUCCCGCGGUUUCCCUUCUCCAGCUCAGGAGAGCAGGUUUAGACAGGCGUCCAGCUGCUCCUUAUCUUCUCCCGACUCCCUGCCCUGCUCCAACAGCGAGAGCCACGGCGGCAAACCCGCCCCGUCCCCCUCCGAGCCGGCUCCGGCUGCCAGCACCACCAACACAAAUUUCACAGAACUAGACGAGACCAGCGCGUCCUCGGGAGCCGACGAGGGCACUCCAAUAAGCAGCAGCAUCCCCCGAGCGCAGGCAGAGCCCAUCGCGACCUCCACGGCAGCGACAGAAGGGCAGGCACCUCAGAUAUUCCCUUGGAUGAGGAAACUUCACAUUAGCCAUGACAUGACUGGACCAGACGGGAAGAGGGCGAGGACAGCGUACACUCGCUACCAGACCCUGGAGUUGGAAAAGGAAUUCCACUUCAAUAGAUAUCUCACCCGCAGGAGGAGAAUAGAGAUCGCUCACGCGCUCUGCCUCUCCGAGCGCCAGAUCAAAAUCUGGUUCCAGAACCGGCGGAUGAAGUGGAAGAAGGAUAACAAACUGAAAAGCAUGAGCCUGGCCUCGGCGGGCAGCGCCUUCCAGCCCUGAGACCCCCCAGCCCGGGAGAGGAGGACGAGGGGAAGAGGAAGACGAGGAAGAGGAGGAGGCGGGCGAGAAAAAAAAAAAAAAAUUAAAAAAAAAAUCAAACCAACCCCAAAAACGCAACAAAAGCCCCGAGUGAAUGAUGAAAUAAAGUGAAAUAAAUGAAGGAGCGGCCGCAGGUCUGCAGUUCGGGAGGGCUGUGCACCUCCUGCUCGGCGUGUGGCUGACUGCUCCUAAAAGCAGCUCCUGGGCUACCCUGAGCCAGGGCUCCGCUCGUGGCGUGCUCUCUGUUGGAAGUUUUUUUUGUUUUGUUUUGUUUUGUUUGCUUAAGAAAAAAAAUUAAAUUUUAUUUCCAGAUGCUCCUCCUGCUCUCGUUGUUCUUCUAAAUGUCUGUGUCCGUGCUCUCUUGGUGCUUUCUGGAAAGCUAGCAUGUGUUCUGUGAGCCCUUUGAAUGUUAUAACUUAUUUAUAAAUCCAGAACAGAUACGGUUGUUGGUUUAUUUGUUGGGAUUUUCUUCCCUUUUUUUAAAAUUUUUUUCUCCACCCUUUUUUUUUUCCGAGUUUCCUGCUCUUGGGUGAGUUUUUCUCUGCCCAAGCGAAAAUCGGGGGUUCCUGCACUACAGUCGCAGAGAAAAAGUCUUUAAAAACCAACAAAAAUAUAAAAAAAUAGGGAAAAAAAAAGAAAAAAAUAAAAAAAAAAAAAAAAGAAGCAGCUCUUGUAUCUUUCUGUCUUAAAAUUGUCCAGUCUGUGUUUUAGUCCAAACUCCAGGCCAGGAUUUCUAAUCCCAGCCUAAUUCCAAGGCGUACUCUUAGACGUGGGUGAACUUCACUAUUAAAAAAUUGAUAAUAAUAAUUAAUAACUCAGAAAAAAAAAGAGAAAAAAAAUAAAAAAAAUCUGUAUAAAAGCGGAGAGCGACGCUGGAGCGCUCUGCUGUUUGUAAAUAUUAGAAAUAUUUCUGCCGUGAGUAAUAGCCGGGUCGUAGUGGGCAGAGUGAAUGCGGUGUUCUGUGUAAAAAUGGCAUCUGUCAUGUCUAGCAGCCGGGUAGUUCUUGGCCGAGAAGCUUUUUGUAUUUGUUUGUAGCUUUACUCGAAGUCAAAUAAACGUUUUCCCCGACUCA